GACGGAGUGAGUGAUCGCCCGACUCCAGCUGUACGUGCCGUUGGUAACUGACACGUCCACGCCUGACUUUCGCCUCCUCUCUCCUCCUCUGUGAUUCUUCUCCAAUGCAGGACACACAUGGACGCUCCCUGCAGCAGGUGUCGUGUAAUAAUGUAGUUCAGCAUGGAUGAGCCUGAAAUCCCAAAUCCGUCUCUGUUGGCUGUUUCUGCUGGGCUCUAAUGGACUAAACACAACAGACUGUGGCGGAGCAGCGAGUUCUGACGGUGACAUUCUGCCAGGAAACUACGGCCAACUCCACAUACGAGGAGUAAAAUGUUUGGCAGAAGAACCUCGUCCACAAAUGAUCAGUAGCAGUUUUCGCAGCAGAAGCCUUGAACAGCUGCUUCAGUAGAAGCAGAAACAGACGGGGACUGCAGCCUCUGCUCCAGGGACCGAUGACGCACCAGUGUGGCUGACAACCAGGAGCAGAAUCUUAUAUAUUAGCAGGCCGUUUGAGAUGUUUCCUGAUGAGAACUCCACUCUUUUCUCCACCUCAGACCGGGAUACUAACCGCAGCUCCAUCUCCACCAGUUCAGACGUGGACGUGACUAAACUGGUGGCUCUGGGUGCAGUGUUGGUGGUGUUCGCUGUGUUCGGGGUCCUCGGUAACAUCCUGGUCAUCUUGUCAGUGCUGCUCCAUCGACACUGGCGCUCCGUGACCCAUUACUUCAUCGCUAACCUGGCGGCAGCAGACCUGCUGCUCAGCUCCGCUGUGAUGCCCUUCUCUGCUGCCUCAGAAGCUCUGGGCAAGUGGGUGUUUGGACGAACCUUCUGUGGCGUCUGGGCAGCUCUGGAUGUUCUCUGCUGCACCGCCUCCAUCCUCAGCCUGUGUGUGAUCUCCAUUGAUCGCUACCUAGCCGUCAGCUACCCUCUGCGCUACCCAGCAAUGGCUACAGGGCGGCGCAGUCUGACCGCGGUGGCUGCUCUGUGGGGGCUCUCUGCAGCCAUUUCUGUAGGACCUCUGUUCGGCUGGAAGGAACCCGACCCUGAAGAUGAAACUGAGUGUAGGAUCACAGAAGAACCCGGCUACGCCUUGUUCUCAGCACUGGGUUCUUUCUACAUCCCUCUGGCCAUCAUCCUGUCCAUGUACUGUCGAGUUUACACGGUGGUCAAAAAGGAGAACAGUACCAUCAGUAAGGGCAGCCAGGUGGAAGGGGUGGAAACAGAAGGGGUGGUGCUGAGGAUUCACAGAGGAAAUGCUGCUCAGACCAGUGAGGAGACAACCAGGAAGAAGAAACACUUCACCUUCUCUCUACCCAAGCUGCUCAAGUUCAGUCAAGAAGAGAAAGCAGCCAAGACUCUCGGCGUUGUGGUCGGAUGCUUCAUUCUCUGCUGGCUCCCUUUCUUCCUGGUGCUUCCCAUUGGUUCCAUCUUUCCCUCCUACAGGCCAUCAGAAACCAUCUUUAAAAUCACCUUCUGGUUGGGCUACCUCAACAGCUGCAUCAACCCCAUCAUCUACCCCUGCUUCAGUCAGGAGUUUAAGAAGGCCUUCCAUAACGUUCUCAGAGGACACUGUCUGAAGGCUGGAAAACACCCAGCACUCAACACCCCCCGUUCGUCCAGUUCAUGUCCUUCGUCCAGUAACGGCAGUUCCUCUGAUCGAACCAGAACUGUAGGAUCUGAUUUGUGUUGCUGCAGAGGUUUGUGGACCUCCUCAACACCUGCUGGACGUCCAGCUGGAGGAGCAGACCAGCAGAGUAAGAGUCGGCUGAAGAAGUGGUGCUUCUCCAGGAGUCAAACUCCACUGCCACAGAACUCGUCCAAACACAGACCCCAACAGGUGCUACAGCUUUCUCCAAGAGUUAAAGGAGAUUCUGUUUGAUUGGUUAAGAAAGUCCAGACAUCCAAAGACGUCCAAACUUCUUUGUCUUAAGACCAACCUGCUCUUUAGCCUCCCACAGGUUUGUUUCCACUGGAGGACCAAUGAGCAGGGAGAAGAUAGAGAAACAUGAAAAGUGUGUAUUUUGUACUGAGACAUUUUUACCUCAUCCUAAGAUUUUAGACUGUCAGGAAGAACAUCACGUACUCUGCCAGGAAACAA